UCGUAAUGCAAUUCGCAUCACCUGGUUAUUGGAUGGGCCACUAACCAUUUUGAGCAGCGUACAUGUAUAUAUACUGACCGUCAGACUCCAGUGAAAAGAAACAGAGACCCGACCAAGUUGCUUUCCAGACCUUCAUCCCGAGAAAGAUAUAUAAUCUCCAUUGCAUUCCUCGAUUGCGACCUAUUUUUGACAACUGUGACGAAAACCAAAUCGCUUCAAAAUGAGGACUUUUUUGACUGCUGUACUCCUUCUUUCUUCCAUUGGAAGUAUUAUGGGUAUCAGGUGCUAUCUUUGCACCCUCGGAGUCGCUAGUUCGGUAGUCGAUAGCCAACAGUGUGAUGACCCGUUCAAUGCACCGUCUUCUCCCACUGAGAAUGGGACAACCAGCUCCGGGGUGCUUGACGUAGACUGUAGCACUGUCUCACCCAUUUACGACGUCUGCGCUAAAACAGUCGGCAGAAUUAAUGGCGUCUACACUGUGGCCAGAACGUGUUACUCAAGCUUUGAUUGCCUAUCCGAGGAUGGGUGCGUUUCUGGACAGGGAAACACUGUGUGUUGCUGUGGUACAGAUGGCUGUAACGGUGCUGGUAGCGUAGCUGUCAACAUUGCCGCCACUAUCUCCUUGGCUGCAGCAACAGUGAUGUUCACUCUGUAAAAGAUAGAGAGGCAGGUGUGGCGGUUUCUGUCUUCCGCGGUGUUCAGUUUUCCGGGACAACUGACUACUUUCGCUUGCUGGGCGCAGGCGUCACAUGACGUAAUGUUACCGUAUUUGGUCAUUCGGAAAACUGACACCGGGAGAGAGAAAGUAGAACUACUUUUUGUAUAAGGCCCUUUUCGAAACCACGACCUCGGCACCAGACUCGGCUCGAGCUAGCCUGGCCCCGCGUGCCUGUGACCUGCUCGGGGCUUCAGACGAGAGAACGUAGCCUGAAGCCAAAUUCAUAGCAGAAGCCGUGGAUUCGAAAGGGGCCAUAGAUUCUUUCACGGUAAAGGUUAAACACUAUCUGAGUGAGGACCAGUCAACUCGACCGAGCCAAGUCGUCCACAAGCAAAGUCGCCCCAUCACAUACAAACUUUAUCCUCUCAAAGUCGCCUCU